AGAAGGCUCUGUUGGAGGAAAAAGGACAGAGACAAAAAACUACUGCAACAUGAGGGACCCGCUGGCAAAUUGCUCGUAUAACAAAGUAUACAAGAACCUAAAGGAGUUUUCUCAAAAUGGAGAGAAUUUCUGCAAGCAGGUCACGUCCAUUCUUCAGCAAAGGGCAAACCUGGAGAUUAGCUAUGCCAAAGGACUCCAGAAACUGGCAAGCAAGCUGAGCAAAGCAUUACAGAACACUAGGAAAAACUGUCUGAGCAGCGCCUGGGCCUGGGCCUCGGAGGGCAUGAAAUCCACAGCAGACCUGCACCAAAAACUUGGCAAAGCAAUCGAAUUGGAAGCAAUAAAACCGACUCAUCAAAUUCUGAGUGUGCAAGAGAAGAAGAGGAAAUCACUUGACAAUGAAGCUGAAAAAACAGCUAACCUUGUUCUUAGCAACUGGAAUCAGCAAAUUAAGGCCAAGAAGAAAUUAAUGGUGAGUACCAAGAAGCAUGAAGCCCUUUUCCAUCUUGUAGAAAGCUCCAAGCAAUCUGUGAGUGAAAAGGAGAAGCGCAAGCUCCUCAACAAACUGAAAAAAUCAACUGAGAAGUUGCAAAAAGAAGAUGAAAAUUACUACCAAAAGAACAUGGCAGGAUAUUCUACCAGACUGAAGUGGGAAAACACACUAGAAAACUGUUACCAGAGCAUCCUGCAGCUGGAGAAGGAAAGAAUUCAACUUUUAUGCAAUAACCUAAAUCAGUACAGCCAACAUAUUUCUAAUUUUGGUCAAACACUGACUGCAUGCCACACACAGAUUCACUGUGCCAUCAGCAAGGUUGAUAUUGAGAAAGACAUCCAGGCUCUAAUGGAAGAAACUGCAACAUCAACAGCAGAGCACAAAUCUGAGCUGCUACUGAUUGAUUACUUUGAAGAAGAUCCUAACAAUGCAAUGGAUAAAGAGAGACGGAAAUCUUUAAUAAAAUCAAAAUUGUCAAGACUGGAAAGAGAUAUUGAAAAAGCAUCAAGAGACAAAGAAGGCCUGGAACGAAUGUUUAAUGCACACUCCAGCAACUCUUCUUUCUCCGAUGCAAAGAGCAAGAAAGAGACAGCAGUGUUAAUGGACGAGAACAAUUUGAAACUGGACCUUCUGCAAGCAAACUCCUAUAAACUGUCAUCAGUAUUGGCAGAACUUGAGCAAAGACCUAAGCCCAACCAUCCCUGUAGUAACUGUAUCUUCAAGUGGAAAGAAAAGGACUAUGUGCAUAGUUACGUAAAACUAUCUCGACCUAUUUUGAUGAAGAGGUUAGAGAAUGCUGUGAGCCAGGAAUCUUCCAGAAAGCAAAACAAUCCAAGUUCCUCAUCUUCAGCCUCAGGUGUGGCCCCACCCGGCAAUGGUCUUUGCAAGGCUCUGUAUUCCUUCCAAGCCCGGCAGGAGGAUGAAUUGAGUCUGGAGAAAGGUGACAUUGUGAUUAUCCAUGAGAAGAAAGAUGAAGGCUGGUGGUUUGGAUCCUUAAAUGAAAAAAAGGGCCAUUUCCCUGCAGCUUAUGUGGAAGAGCUACCUUCCAGCGCCAGGAACAUGGCAACACAGAAAUGA